AUGAAAAAUUACUUGUGUGUUCGGCAGAUAAUCAGCCUGAUAUGGCUAGUGGGAGUUUCUGCGACGACUGUUGAGGUUCUCGACGACAAAGCGUCUUCAUCAAAGUCUUCAGAACCCAAAUCAGCAGCUGCAGAAACUGUUAAAGACAAACGGUACGCUGUUCACGACUCACCCUCGUACUCUCACUUAUCCAAACCAUGCCCGCCGUCUUUCCCGCAUUACCACGCACCGAUGCCAGAAGUCCACUAUCCAAAGCCAAUUUACGGACCACCUGUUCAUCCGAAGCCCGUCUACGGACCGCCAAUUCAUCCCAAGCCUGUUUAUGUACAAGAGUACCAUCCUAAGCCAGUCUACAAAGUUCCCGAGUAUCAUCCUAAGCCAGUGUAUGGGCCGCCGGUUCAUCACCAACAGCCAGUCCAGCUGAUCCACCAGCCUGUCUACCAGUCGUACAUCCCUAAACAGACGGUGUCUUAUAUAAAACCCCACGUGUCCAAGCCAGAGUACAACUACUUACCCGCAAAGCCUCAUUAUGAGAAAUCACAGUUUGCGUACGCGCCUUCCUACCACCCAAUGAAGCACGAGUACCACCACGAGUACAAUAGUCACCAGACUUACCACAUUCCCAGCCACUACGUCAGCAAACCCGGGAUCGUCUACAAGGAGCCUGUUCACGAUUGCAAGCCCUGCUAUGAGCAUCAUCACGAGGCUUAUCACCACCAGGAGCCUCAAAUUAUCCACGCUCCGCCCGUUUACGCAAAACCCCAGCUUUGCCUGGCUGUCAUUGUUGUCACAGAAGCUGGAUUGAUAAGCAAAGCCCAUCACGAUUUCCCGUAUCUAAACUCCGUUUAUCAUGGCCACGGUGCGACGAGUUACCAAAAUGUUGAUAUACAAAAUCACUUGUCGGUGCCAAUUCCUAAAGAUCUUCAAAUAGACGACGGCCACGAGCACGCUUAUGAUCACAAAAUUGAAUUAAUUCACGCUCCGGAACACUCUGAGCCUUCAUACGGUUCCUCAGAUGCUUACGAAGAAGACUUACAAGUGGUUUAUCGUUAUCACCCAGAUAAUUACGGGCACUACGAUAAUCUAGACUACGAGUACCAUUAA